AUGAAAAUUAAUUCAAAUACAAUUAUAAUUGGUAAAAAAGUAAUAUUAGUACCAUAUAAAAAAAAACAUGUUGAAAAAUAUUGGAAAUGGAUGCAAAGUGAAGAGAUUAGGGAACAAACAGCAUCGGAAGAAUUAACAAUUGAAGAAGAAUUUGAAAAUCAAGAAAGUUGGUUUAAAGAUGACCAUAAAAUUACAUUUAUUAUAUUAGAUAAAGAUUUAUUAUUGGAGAAUGAAAAAGACUCAAAUGGAUAUUCCAAUGAAAAUGAUAUAAAAUCAAUGAUUGGUGAUGUUAAUAUCUUUUUCAACCAAUAUGAAGAUGAGGGUACUGCAGAGUUAGAAGUUAUGAUAGCAGAACCAACCUCAAGAAGAAAAGGGCUUGCCAGGGAAGCCAUUUCAAUUAUCAUGGGUUACGGUAUCGAACACCUAUCAACAAUUACUAAAAAAUAUAUCGUCAAAAUUGGUGAAUCAAACCAACCAUCAAUCCAAAUGUUUAAAUCAAUGAAUUUCAAACAAAUUGGUAGUGUAAAUGUAUUUAAAGAGAUUUUAUUAGAAUUUGAAAAUGGUGAAAAUAAUAUAAACCUUUUAAAUUUAAAAAAUAAUGAUAAUUAUAAAUCAUUAAUUUUUAAAAAUUGGGAAUAA